CGAAAGGGAAUUACACACACGCAUCUGCGUGCCUUUAGAGUGGCAGUGGGCACCGUCUUACGUAUAAAAAUGGGGGAAUUUUCAGUUGGUGCGGAGAGGAAAGAAACCGCGUGAACUGCACAACGCAAGCGACGCAAACUAGUGCAUUGUCUCGAUCGGUUACCAUGGCUGGGAGUAUAAAGAACGUCGUGAUAUUCGGAGCGACUGGAAUGUCUGGGCUCGCGACACUGCCAAAAGCUGCAGAGGCAGGAUACAAUGUGACUGUGCUGGUACGGGACCCUGCGAGGCUCCCCUCCGGGCACAAGGCCUCCAGAGUGGUGACAGGGGACGUCCUGAAUAAGGAGGCUGUGAGGCGGGCCAUGGAGGGGCAGGACGCUGUCAUCAUCAUUUUGGGGACCAGGAAUGACCUCAGUCCGACUACAAUGAUGUCCGAAGGCACCAGGAAUAUCUUGGAUGCCAUGAAAGCACGUGGGAUUCGCAAAGUUAUUGCUUGCAUGUCGGCUUUCCUCCUGUGGGAUCGCUCCAAGGUGCCCCCACCUCUGGUGGCUGUUACUGAAGAUCACGACCGCAUGUACCAAGUGCUGAAGGACUCCGGUCUGGACUAUGUGGCAGUCAUGCCACCUCAUAUCGCAGAUAACCACCCCUUAACAGAGGAAUACACUGUCACAGAAAACAUGCUGAAGGGAAGAGUCAUCUCCAAACACGACCUGGGCCAUUUCUUUGUCAAGUGUCUGUCUACCACUGAAUGGGAAAGGAAAACUGUUGGGCUUUCAGGGGAAUACAGUUAAUCGAGGCAGCAUUGUCGACGGGGUGACUAGUGUAGUCUGUAUUACCUGCAGGGCCGUUUUCACUGCUCCUCUCAUCAUCGCUCUCCUCUGAUCAGAGAUGGAAAUAAGACUCUGAUUGCCAGGUAGUAACACUCAUUCCAGGUAUUAAUAAGAGCUUGAUCAGCCACAGUGUGCAGCAAACAAGCUCAGGUGUGUCUUCUUAAAGUCACAGUAAAACCAGGUGCGGAUCAAACUGCUAUGCAAUGGGAGUCUUGCAUCCAAUUUGAAAAGCAUCUGAAGGUGCGACGCUAAAGAGUGUCCCCAUCCUCCAUAUUUGUCUGGACCUGUCACAGACUUACCUACAAAGAAAGAUUAUUUUGUUACAAAAAAUAAAUAAAUAUGUAAGUGCGUACAAAUAUUCGGAAGCGGAACUGAUAUUACCAAAUAUUUGUUUCUGGAGGGACAAAUAUUCACGGCGAACGAAGAGGGCAGUGAGAAUGGUGCUGCUGAAUACUUGUUAUGACAACUUUAUUUCCUACACUUUUAAAGCCCCACACAACAAAAAACAAGAUGUCGAGUUGGGCUAUCCUGCAGAAGAAAUCAGAUCUUAAAAUCUUACUACACAAAUACGCUGUGUGUGUGCUUAUUAGCAUACUGCAGUCAGAAAGUGUACAGCUGAAUGUUUUGAUAAGGGCUGGGACACUUUUGUAACUUUAAGUGUUAUUUGAAAAUAAAAUCAGGCGUACUGUG